UAAAAAAAAAAACCAGAGCUUUGUUUCGAUCUCUAAUGGCGGCUCGACGAAAUCGAGGAAGAAGAGAGGAACUACGAGCUUGAAGCUUGGUUGGCUGUAGGAUUCCCCCUAUGAACCUCUCUGUCUGAAUUUGCAACCCGAUUAAUCCCGAUUUACUUCCCAUUUUCCUCUGAAAAUCCCCAAUUUCUUUGCAUUCCGAAGAGAGGAGCCCUAGAUUGAGUGUUGAGGAUGUGGAAGAAGGCGAUGAAGGCGCUGAGUGUCAAUCUCUGCGCCUACGUGCCGGAGUCUGAGAUGGAUAGUAGGCCUUUCGCCUGGUAAGCAGGUGGAGAAGGUCUCCGGCCUGUCGGCUAAUUCUGAGAAGAAGGAUACCACGGAGAACUUUUGUGCUAUUUGUCGCACCACCAUCAACAUGGGUCAAGCCCUUUUUACUGCAGAGUGCUCGCAUAUCUUCCACUUCAAGUGCAUUGGAUUAAAUGUGAAACAUGGUAACCAUGUAUGCCCAAUUUGCAGAGCAAAAUGGAAGGAAGUCCCAAUCCAUGGCUCUCAGAAUUCCGAUCAUUCACGUGGUCGAGCCAGAGUGAGGCCAGUCAAUGUGCCCCAUGACCAGGAUUAUACGAUGAUCAUCAGACCUCCAUACCGUGAUUACUCCCACAGAAAAGCAAACCUCGCACCUUUGUAUCAAUCUUCAGAACCGGCUUCUUUUGAUGAUGAUGAGCCUCUGAAUUUGCAGUCUAACGCCACCAAAGAAACUAGACAUGGAUGUGCUGACAAAGUGGAGAUGAAGACAGAACUAGAAUACUCGGCCAUUCCAAAGUCAGCAAUCGAAGAGAAUUUUGCUGUAUUGAUCCAUCUAAAGGCACCAAGUGCUGAUACAGAACAUAUCCCUGGUAAAACCACUCGUGCUCCAGUUGAUCUCGUCACAGUUCUUGAUAUUAGCGGCAGCAUGGCUGGGUCGAAACUAGCACUUCUAAAGAGGGCUAUGGGAUUUGUGAUCCAAAACCUUGGACCAUCUGACAGGCUAUCAGUCAUUGCAUUCUCUGUGACCGGUCGUCGCCUUUUUAACCUUCGCCGGAUGACUGAAUCUGGCCGACAGCUAGCCCUUCAAGCUGUUAAUUCUUUGGUGGCCUCUGGGGGGACUAAUAUUGCUGAUGGCCUCAGGAAAGGUGUCAAGGUAAUUGAAGAACGCAAGGAGAAGAAUCCAGUUUGCAGCAUUAUACUCCUAUCUGAUGGGCAAGACAUUUAUAAUAUCGCUGGAUCUUCUAGUCCUAGACAAUCAGAGUACCGAUCGCUUUUGCCACCCGUGUUUUGGGAUAGGACAAACAAUCAGAUUCCUGUCCAUGCAUUUGGUUUCGGUUCUGAUCAUGAUGCAGCAGCAUUGCACUUUAUCUCGGAAACCACUGGUGGUACCUUUUCGUUCAUUGAGGCUGAGGCUGUUAUACAGGAUGCAUUUGCGCAAUGCAUUGGGGGGCUCCUUAGUGUGCUUGUGCAAAAGCUUCAUGUGGUGGUGGAUUGUGUGCACCCUGGAGUGCAACUCACUGAUGUGAAAUGCGGCAGCUAUUCCAGUCAGAUGGCGAGUGACAAGCGAAGAGGAUCAAUCAAUGUCGGAGACUUGUAUGCAGAUGAGGAGCGUGAUUUUCUUGUUUAUGUAAAUGUCCCGGAAGUUCAUCAUGAAGAUGCAACUGCACUAUUGAGAUUGUGUUGCUUCUAUCAAGAUGCAGUGUCAAAUGAAUCAAUGCACUUGAAAACCCAAGAGGUACUGCUUCAAAGGCCGGAAACUGUCAGGGAACAAAAAAUGUCACUAGAUGUUGAUCGGCAAAGGAACCGAAUUUUUGCUGCAGAGGCCAUGGCUGCUGCUCGGGCCGCAGCAGAGCGCAAUGCGCUCUCUGAGGCCGUGUCUAUACUUGAGAAUCACAGAAAGAUGGUGUCGGAAUCUGCAGCUGCCAAUGCAGGUGAUCAAAUGUGCAUGGCUUUGGAUGCUGAGAUGAAGGAAAUACAAGAGAGGAUGGCCAAUCGACAACGAUAUGAGUCAUCCGGCCGAGCUUAUGUGCUGUCAGGAUUGAGUUCACAUUCAUGGCAAAGAGCGACAGCACGCGGUGACUCAACACAGAGCUCAACCUCAGUUCAUGCUUACCAGACACCUUCCAUGGUCGAAAUGAUAGGCCGAUCUCAAAUUCUGCAAACAAAACCUCAUCAUCGCAGAUAGCCUCAAAAGCCGAAGCAAAUUGGGUUUCGACAACUUCCUGUGGUUAAUUUUGUUGUUAUUGUUCAAUAAAAUAAACUAAAAUUUGGUGUGUGCCAAAUCUUCAUUGUCAAAUAUCAAUAUCAUGAAAAUUUGGCUCAAUGAAUGAAGUCUUGUGAUUAGAACAUAGAACAAUGUAUGUGUGAAUUUAGUUUGAAUUCUUGCUAA